AUGGUCAUCGAAAUCGCCAAAGACGAUUUGAUGCCACCUCAGCGACGACGUUCAGAUGCCACUGCACCGAUGGAGCCAUCUCUACGCCGCAUGCGAUGGGGCUCGUUGAAAUCGAGAAGUUACGAUCACGCUGGUGAUCGUCGACCACCACGAUAUAGGAUGGUACCUACGGAAAGCAAUCAUUAUGCAUCAAUGGAUCGACGUGAGCACUCGUUACCCAGCAGGCCAAGUGACUACGUAGGAGCACCGUUCAGGCGUGUGCUUGUUGGAGAUUAUGGGCCUCCACCAGUACCGUCCAGAAGCGAUUAUGGAACCAGAGGCGGUGCAGCAGCUGCUGCUGCUCCUGAGGAACCCUAUGAGAUGUACCCGAACGAACGGCAUUAUUACGGUUACUCACGUGAUCACAGGUCUCGGGAAGCAGCAGUUGAUCGAGAUCGCAGGGAUUAUUAUGUCGAUGAGAGAGAUUUACCAGAUCGAGAUCGGCGAGAAUUUUAUGAACCCGAUAUUCCGCGAGAUAUUCGGGAACGAGACAUGCGUAGUUACCGGGAGAGCAGAGAACCGCGUGACUACCGAGAAGUUAGAGAGACUGCGCGGUAUUCACGCGAACUGAGUGCUGGCAGUAGACGAGAGCGGGAAUACAUGGAAGAGCGUGAUGAUCAAAGGAUGCGUGAUUACAGGUUGGCUUGA